AGAAAAGAAAAAAACUCUUCUUCUCAUCUUCUGCGUUUUCCACAGCGUUAUCUACGUGAAUCAGUUCCAUUAGCAAUGGAGGUCGAACGGGUGCAAUCUAUCGCUUCUACACACUUGUCCAAAGACAACAUCCCUACGGAAUUCAUCCGAUUAGAGAACGAGCAACCGGGCACCACCACAUUCUACGGUCCCAUCCCAGAGAUCCCGAUCGUCGAUCUCAGCGACAAAGAUCACAAUCGAGUGGUUCGAGAGAUUGCAAAAGCUAGCGAGGAGUUUGGUAUUUUCCGAGUCGUGAAUCAUGGGAUCCCCACCGAUGUAAUAGAGAAGCUGCAGAGCGUAGGGAAGGCGUUCUUCCAAUUACCAGAAGAAGAGAAGGAAAAGUACGCUAUAAAGCCAGGGUCUGAGAAGCUGGAAGGCUAUGGUACGAAACUGCAGAAGGAGUCGGAAGGGAAAAAGGCUUGGGUGGAUUUCUUCUUCCACAAUGUAUGGCCGCCUUCUUCCGUCAACUACGACGCUUGGCCCCGGAACCCUAAUUACAAGGAGGCUAACGAGGAAUAUGCAAAGCACGUGAUGGUUGUGGUGGACACGAUCCUAGCUAACCUUUCCCUAGGGCUCGGUCUGGAAGGCGGGGUGCUAAAAGACGCCGUCGGUGGCGCGGACCUUGAGUAUCUUUUGAAAAUAAACUAUUACCCACCUUGCCCUCGGCCAGAUCUGGCGUUGGGUGUGGUGGCCCAUACAGACAUGUCAGCUGUGACGAUUCUCGUGCCCAACGAUGUCUCAGGCCUUCAAGUCUUCAAAGACGACAUCUGGUUCAACGUCGAGUACAUCCCCAAUGCUCUCAUUGUCCACAUAGGUGACCAGAUCGAGAUACUAAGUAAUGGAAAAUAUAAGGCAGUAUUGCAUAGGAGUACGGUGAACAAGGAGAAGACGAGGAUGUCUUGGCCAGUCUUUUGCUCGCCACCACAAGAGAUGUUUGUGGGCCCUCUCCCACAGCUUGUUAAAGAAGAAAAUCCUCCCAGAUUCAAGACUAAGAAAUACAAAGAUUACCAGCACUGCAAGCUUAAUAAGCUUCCCCAGUAGAGAGAAAUUCCGAGUCUUUGUUUGAUUACUUUAUAUAUCUAGGUUUAUGUCAGUUUCAUUUUCUUGUUUGGGCCCCACCCAAGGUUGGCCCUUCGGACGAUUAAUGGUUUGGAAAAUCUUAAGAUGAUCCGGUUCCAAACAUUAAUGUCUCGAUGAAUCAUGCACCAAUACGGUAUGCAUUCCAGCUAACUGCUAACAUCUUUGGGUUGGCCCUGAU